UGACGUCACGUCCUUAAAGUAAAACGGAAACUGGAUAGUCCACGAAACAGAAAAGGCAUCGAGAGGUGAUGCUUGGACGAAUUAAAAAUCAUCUUACCUGACAAGAACUAUAAGGAACGGUGUUGGGUUGCUUGAUUUUAUACAGCGCUGUCGACUGAAGACCUCCAAACAUGUCGGCCCAGCUCAAAUGAGAGCUUUGCUCGACCUGAUGGGAACAGCGAGGGAUGGUGAUGAGACGCGACAGAGGGUCAAGUUCACCGACGAGCGAGUCUGCAAAAGUCAUCUCCUGAACUGCUGUCCUCAUGAUAUCCUGUCUGGAACUCGCAUGGACCUUGGAGAGUGCACGAAGAUCCACGACCUGGCACUUCGAGCAGAUUAUGUUGCAUCCAAGGAGAGGGAUCUGUUCUUUGAGCUUGAUGCGGUGGAUCACCUGGAGUCGUUCAUUGCUGACUGCGACCGGAGGACAGAGCUGGCAAAGAAGCGUUUGGCUGAGACCCAAGAAGAGAUCAGCGCUGAGGUGGCGGCAAAGGCAGAGAAAGUUCACGAGCUGAAUGAGGAAAUAGGAAAGCUCUUGGCAAAGGCUGAGCAGCUCGGAGCUGAGGGCAACGUUGAUGAGGCCCAGAAAGUUCUGCAGGAAGUGGAGAAAGUACGCACGAGGAAGAAGGAUGCAGAGGAAGAGUACAGAAACUCCAUGCCGGCUUCCAGCUUUCAGCAACAGAAGCUGCGGGUGUGCGAGGUGUGCUCUGCUUAUCUGGGUCUCCAUGACAACGACCGUCGACUUGCAGAUCAUUUUGGCGGAAAGCUUCACCUGGGCUUCAUCCAGAUCAGAGAGAAACUGGACCAACUCAAGAAAACUAUGGUCGACAAGCAGGAGAAGAGGAACCAGGAGCGCCUAAAGAGAAGGGAAGAGAGGGAGAAAGAAGAAAGACUGAAGAAGAGGACCAGAUCACGCAGCAGAGAGCAUAGAAGGUCCCGUUCUCGUGACCGCAGAAGGAGGCGCUCUCGCUCCACAUCACGGGAGAGGCGCCGCUCGCGCUCACGUUCCAGGGAGAAGAGAAGGAGGCACCGCAGCCGCUCCCGUUCUCGCAGCCGAGGACACCGUCACAGCCACGAACGGAGCUCCAAACACAAGUCAUCCAGGGACCGAGAGCGCUCCUCCAGAGACCGGUCAAGGGAGCGAGACAGGCGGGACGGUAUGAACGGCAGAUCAGACUCCCGCCGGGCAGACGACAGGGACGUGGGGAUUUCUGAAGACCAAACUCCCAUAAGUCACUACACACAUCAUCCUCUUGUCUCUUUCACUCUCACCUGUCUGUCCAUUUUUAAUAACCUGAUGUCACACACAGAGUCCUCACCUUGACUCCUCUGUUCUCCUGCCUGCCUCCUUUGUUUGCAUCAGUGUACACAUACCUGAUACUCUCUGGAUUACGUUUUCUAGCAUCCAGUUUACCAAAUGAAAGUUGAUGCAGGGAGGGUUGGUUAGUUAUUGAUCAGUAGUGGAGUGUUGGUUAUACCCACGUCUGUAAUUUGGUGGCUGUUUGUACCAAUACAUCCCACGUCUCGUUAUGAACUACCCCCAAUAUGAUCCCAGCAAGAGGAGCGAUGACAAACUGAUGGUGUGCUGGACUAAAAUGUUAUCGGCUCGUUUUCUUUCUCAUGAUGAUCAUUGGAGACAGACUCUGUCUGUAAAUAUGAUUUGGGCGCACUGAUUGUUAGUCUGAAAAGUAGUCCUAUCAAGAUUUUUUUAAAUCACUCGUUCCAAAAGUUCUUUAAUGUCUGUCCAUAUAUUUAGUUUAAUAAAGUCCAGCUGAAGUUAUAGGAACCCAAUUCAGAACCGAAUGGUUUAAAGUUGCGAUCAUUAGUGUCAUCUUUAUUUCUCUAAUUGUUUAUUUUGUCAGUUUGAUUUUCUGCUGUCCGUAGUCAAGGGAUCUUGUUAGAUGAAGAGUUUGGCCACUACAGAUAAAUUCUUGUUUUGAAGUCCUCACUUAAUGGUUUUUGUGUUUAUUUCUUUUAUUUAAAAAAUGAAAAUAAAUGGUAACUUCAGAUUAAGUGUCAGCAUGUGAUGAAGAAGUUGGAACAAAAGUAAAACAUUGGAAAUUCCGAGCUAUAACUGUACAUAUGUUUUUUUAUUAGUCAAGUUCAUCAAUGAAAAGUAUGCCCCAGUUUGGACAGAUUCCACUCUGUACAAAUUUAUCAUUGAAACAGAUUUUAAUGCAAGCAUUGCUUUACCUCAUGUGUGAAGUCGUUUCUGUUUAUGUUCAGCUAAAAAAUAUCUUUCUUUAAAGUCUCAAUAAUAAAAAAAAUCCACCAUUUUAA